AUGCUUUCAAUUCGUGCUUCAAGAGCUGUAGUUAUUGCAGUAAAAAUGCUUAAUAGACUGCUGCAAUUGAGAGCUGCCAUCGCCAAAACCUACUGUGAGAACCUCGGGAUAGAAGAAGAUGAUAUAUUUGUAUCAGAUGGUGCAAAAAGUGACAUAUCUCGCCUUCAGGUAUUUUUAAAAUCAUAUUGUGCUAGAAAUUUUAUAGAAUUGUGGAAUUGGAUGAGCAAGAGCAUUGAGCAGCAGAGAGAGGCGAAACUUCUCCUCUGUAGCGACGCCCAAACAAAUAGUUGGAGAAAUCAGAAAUGA